UCAAACAGCUAUAGCUACGCACAAUAGAGUGAGGUUAUCUGGAUAAAUAGGAAAAAAGUUUUGACAGCUGCUCUCUUUGUGUGUGCGUGCUUGCGUGUUUGUGUGAAAUACGAAUUCUGUUUUAUAUGUAAUAACAGUACUUUACGGAUUGAAUACCCAAAACAAUGAAACGUGUGUUCGACCGUGUGCGAUUUUGCGCUAUUGCGUUCGUCGACUAGCUCGCACUGUAAGAAAAUACACUGUGUCUGGAUCUAUCGCUUCGUGUCGUCGUCGUGUGUAUAAAAUACACUCAUAUUUACUUAUAUACCUCAUUGAUUGUGCUUAAGGAAUUCUUUUUUCAUUCGUACUCUUUUUUGUACUGCUGUCACUGCAAUAUCAACAAGCUGUCCAUAACAAACACUCGCAUUUUUAUUUCGUUCGUUGUGUGUAGUUCAAUUCGAUUUGUAUUAUUUUUGCACGAUUAGCUCAUACGGGUGUAGAGAUAUAUAUAUAUAACGAAUAGCACCUAAAUUCAUUAACGUAUUUUGUCUUCUUCGUUUCUUUUUUCUGGUCUUGGUUUCAUUUUGCUUUCGUUAGUUUCGUAUUAUUUAAUAUUAUUACUCAUAAUAGCACACCCAAAAUUGAAAAGAAAAAAAAUCUCACGCCUCAUUGAAGUCAGUGACAACAUCGAAGCGUUAUCAUUGAAAUUUAGUUUGCGUGUUUGCUUUGCGAAUAUUUGAUUUGUUUCGUUCAAUCCGGUUGCCAUAGACCAAUCGCUUGUUACAUUUUGUUUUCAGUUAUAAUCAGUAUAUUGUACACACACAAAAAAACCCGAACACUCCAAAUUGUUUCAAGACAAAGUCAUUUUUUUGCUUAAUAUCAUUUUUAAGUUCGAAAUAUGCGCACUUUGAAUUUAUUUUGCCAAAAAUGUGUGGUGUAAAGAUUUUUCAAGCACUUUUUGGUUGUUGUUCACAUCAAAGAGAGCAUCGUUCUUCGAUAAGUGAAUCGCAAUCGAGAUUGGUUUGCGGAAAUAAUGCUGCAUUCAACUUUGAAUCACCCGUUGACUUGCGACUGGGUACCAGCAUCUAUGUCAGCGGAAUCAUUUUGAAAAACUGUGAAGGAUUUGCAAUAAAUAUGACACUAGGGCACACGCACAAUGACAUUGCAUUGCACAUUAAUCCCAGAUUGCCACAAAAUUACAUAGUGCGUAAUUCGAAGAUAAAUGGGCGGUGGGGAAAAGAGGAGACGACUGCAUCACUGCCAUUUAAAUUGAAACGUGGAGAACGGUUUGCCAUGCAAAUUCUUGUGACGGAAGACACGUACUUGAUAUCGGUGAAUGGAUUGCAUUUCACGAAUUUUGCUCAUCGCAUCCCAUACCAAAGAGUCACUUGUGUACAGGUCAAAGGAGAUGUUAGCGAUGUAAUGGUUGAACAUUUCCCUAUUAUGGAGUAUCCGAAUCGUUCUGAGCAAACCGAUAUAAUUCAUAGUAUCGACCUUGUUGAAUCAUUUGAUAAAGCUUUAAUGAAAACGAAUACGGAGCUAGUGAUGCCAUACUAUGGAAGAUUACUGAGUAAAUUUAUCAACGGUUCUCGAUUGCAUAUUGUUGGUCGUGUCAAGGUGUUGCCGUAUUCGUUCUACAUAAAUUUACAACAGGGUGACAUCAUCUGGCCGCAUCCAUCGAUUCCGUUUCAUUUUAAUGUGCGUUUUACGACAAUCGGUGGCAAAAAUGUGAUAGUAAAGAAUUCUUGGCUAGAUGGCCGUUGGGAUCGUGAGGAACGUAGUGAAAUCCAUACUGAUUUCAUGCCAAGCCGAAUAUUUCAUCUCGAAAUCGUUUACACGUCUGAUGCCUACCAUGUCUUUCUAAAUGACAAACUAAUUACUGAAUUUCAUAAGCGCACCGACCCCAGUCUCGUCGACACGGUUUUCAUUUACGGCGACAUUAAGCUGAAAUAUGUGUCUCAGGAACCAGAGAAAGGUCUUUAAAUAAGUACUUUCGGCCUAAAAUAACCAAACCCCUUUUUUUCUAUAGUCGAAUAACAAAAUUAUUACACUAAAAAUAGCUAUCUCUUUGGGCUUCGAUUAUGAUUUUGAACAGCUAAAAAAUAUUUUCUCUAAGAUAUUCAAAGCAAUCACCAAAUAUGACAAUAAAAUUGUGUUUAUAUUCUUGAAUGGAUGAUGUUAGACGGCAUUCAAAUGUCAAGCAAGAGUGAUGACACGCUCAGAAUAUUCUGAUAUACUAUCAAAAUUUAUUGUGUAUGUUUAUACAAAAUGAGCUCAAGUUGUAUUUGAGUUUAUAUUUAAAUGUUUUGUUUUCUCGUUUCAAUAUGUGAAAUAAAAACUUCUUUGAAGAUUAA